GGUCCCCAAAUAGACACUUUUCAAUCACACCUCAAUUGCUAUAUUGAUUCCAUCAUUUCCUCCUUUGGCGUUCCCACCGAGGCGGCCACACUCACUCAGCGAGGAGAGACAAAGAAUAAAUCAAAUUAAACCGGCCAUUUCUCUCAUCGGAGUUUGGCUUUGAAUUAAUCUCCAAUUUUUGCUCUUUAUAUAAUUUUUUUCUCCAAUUCAAGUUUAAAGAAAAUGGCCGAUGGUGAGGAUAUUCAGCCCCUUGUUUGUGACAACGGAACUGGAAUGGUGAAGGCUGGUUUUGCCGGUGAUGAUGCUCCUAGGGCUGUUUUCCCUAGUAUUGUGGGUCGCCCUCGACACACAGGUGUUAUGGUUGGGAUGGGACAGAAGGAUGCUUACGUGGGCGAUGAAGCUCAAUCUAAGAGAGGUAUCCUGACCUUAAAAUAUCCCAUCGAGCAUGGUAUAGUCAGCAAUUGGGAUGAUAUGGAGAAGAUCUGGCAUCACACUUUCUACAACGAGCUUCGUGUUGCUCCUGAGGAGCAUCCUGUGCUUCUAACUGAGGCACCACUCAACCCUAAGGCCAACAGAGAGAAGAUGACCCAGAUCAUGUUUGAGACCUUCAAUGUUCCUGCCAUGUAUGUUGCUAUCCAGGCUGUUCUUUCUUUAUAUGCCAGUGGUCGUACAACCGGUAUUGUUCUGGAUUCUGGUGAUGGUGUGAGUCACACUGUACCCAUUUAUGAGGGCUAUGCCCUGCCUCAUGCCAUCCUUCGUCUGGAUCUUGCUGGUCGUGACCUCACAGACUACCUCAUGAAGAUCCUCACCGAGAGGGGUUACAUGUUUACCACUUCUGCUGAACGGGAAAUUGUUCGUGACAUGAAGGAGAAGCUUGCUUAUGUGGCUCUUGACUAUGAGCAGGAAAUUGAGACAGCAAAGAGCAGCUCAUCUGUUGAAAAGAACUAUGAACUGCCUGAUGGACAGGUCAUUACAAUUGGGGCUGAGAGAUUCCGUUGCCCAGAAGUCCUCUUCCAACCCUCUUUCAUUGGAAUGGAAUCUUCAGGAAUCCAUGAGACUACCUACAACUCCAUCAUGAAGUGUGAUGUUGAUAUCAGGAAGGAUCUCUAUGGUAACAUUGUUCUCAGUGGUGGUUCGACCAUGUUCCCAGGAAUUGCUGAUCGUAUGAGCAAGGAAAUCACUGCUUUGGCACCCAGCAGCAUGAAGAUCAAGGUCGUUGCCCCACCAGAGAGAAAAUACAGUGUCUGGAUUGGAGGAUCAAUUCUUGCAUCCCUCAGCACAUUCCAGCAGAUGUGGAUUUCAAAGGGUGAAUACGACGAGUCUGGUCCAUCAAUUGUCCACAGAAAAUGCUUCUAAGAUGCUACUCAUUUCGUUGAUGGUGAGUUUUUCUUUUCCUCAUUUGUUUUGUUUUCUUGUUAUGUUUCAAGUGAACACAGUUUGUUGAUGUGGAGAAGUUUUGAGGUGGGGAUUUGAAAGGAAGGGAUGGUGUAAUUCUGAUUUAUCCAUGUCUCAGCCCAUCCAAUUCUCAUUCUUGUUAUUUUACGGAUUAUGAGAAUGUAAUGACCUUUCUGCCUCGAUGCGCCUUAAUUUCUUUGUCACUUUAAUAGGUCAUUUGUAGUUUGAGUGUUUGUAAUAUUUCCUGUUAUUACUGCACCUGUUCCUUUCUCAUGAAUAUCAUAUCCGUUUUAGGGAAACAGUUAUGUUAAUAUUAAUUGUAUGGGAAAUUUUUUAUUUAGUGUUAA